UAACGGUUUUAAAUGGUUAAUUUCAAUCUGUAUUGCAUCUCUAUCAUUCAUAGAGUCAGAAUGGCUCAAAGUACAACUGAUCUGAAGCAUGUGAAGCUUUGUUACACAUCUAACCAGAAGCCCAGAGUUUGUCCAGCGUGAAACCACACAUAGACCUUCACAAGAGUUGCAAUAUGAUGAGCUCAACUGUUUGUUUAACACACUUCAACUGUUAUAUCUCACAACACGCACACACAUUAUGAGUGGGACUGUAUAAAAGAGCAACUUUCCCAUCUCUUGGGUUGAAGAGUCGUUGUAGUCUGACUGUGACUUUUCUGAUCUUCUAAUCUCACUGUUGCUCCCCAACUCCAGAAAAAUACUGAAAACCGAAUCUGACAAAAAGAGACAACAGUAUUCUCAAGGUUGUUUUCAGCAUCUGCUCUUCACUAGAUCUAGAGAAUCUGAGGGAUUCGACUGAAUCAAGAUGCUGCUGAUCAUUGAAGCUCUUCUUCUCAUUUUAGCUGCUCUAGGACAGGAUCACAGAGCAGCUGCUGCUGCAAGAAAGAUAUAUACAUUGGAUAUGGCACCAAAUUCUGUUGAUGACCAGUAUGACGGCUGCGAAGAGAAAAUAGCAGACUUGGUGAAAACAAAAUAUCUGAAGAUGGAAAUGUGUAAAUCUACUGAAUUUAACAAAACUUGGCAUGAUGGUCAAAAUAAAGCCAAGAAUCCAGAGGAUAAUUUAAAACAGAUUCAUUCAGUUGCCAUUUACGUUUACACUAACAAUAAUUCUGUUGUAUAUCGUGAUUUCAACAAUGCUGUCCGUAGUGAGAAACAAAAAUACAAAGACGAGACAUUCUCAUGGUAUUCACUUCACUUUUUGUUAACAAAUGCAACAAAGAUUCUGAAGAAAACACAAACUAAAUGCUAUUCAACGUAUCGCGGUACUACAGUUGAAUUUGCUAAUGAUGUUGUGAACAAAGAGAUUCGUUUCGGCUCAUUUACAUCCUCCUCUUUUGAUCAAGCAGUAGCAAGUGGUUUCGGACCUAGAUCUUGUUUUGAAAUUGAAACUUGUGAAGGUGUUUCUGUGAUAAAAUACUCUAAGUAUCCUGACCAGAAAGAGGUGCUGAUUCCUCCGUAUGAGAAGUUUAAAGUCACCGAUGUCAAGAAGAAAGGGCAGAAAGGUGCCUGGUGUGACACUGUGUUCAUUCUGAAAAGCACUGGAACAGUGAGUUACCUGAACUGUGGUGUUGAUGCAAAACUAGUUCAAGACAGGGCCAGACUUUAAGUCUUCAUUCAGCGUGUUUCUUCAAAGUGAAAGCUUUAUUAUAAUAUAUGAUUGUUUGAUUCAUUCUGAAAAUAAUAAUUAUAAUAAUAAUCUUCACAAGCUUUUAAGUAAAUCAGCAAUGACACUUUGCACUGCCGUAAAAGUUAGCAAUCAUCUAAUGUUUCUGCUUUGUCUUAUUUUGAUCAAGUUUAACAUGUAACUCUGUAAGCUGUGCAUGGGGAAUCUGAGUAGGCAAAAAAAAAAAAAAGUUUCAAAUAAUAUUAAAACACUCUAAAACACA